GUCACCUGAUAGUGCAGACAGGAAAGUGUGCUAAUGUUUACAACCGUAGGGCUGUCAAUAUUUGUAUCGUAAACUUGGAUUGUGUCGAUGUUUAAACAGGAAAUGAUUAAACAAGUCAAUAAUGGCGCGAGAUGAAUUACGUUUUAUCUCAUUCAGGUUUUCCUGAAAUGUGAGUCCCAUGGUUGCUCUUGAUAUUCUCUAUUAUGCAGUGAAUCUGAGCUGGCUCUCCAGAUAGAAGGACAAAUCUCAGAGGGUAAAUUAUCUCGUCAAACAGUGUACUGAUGGAGUGGGUGUUCAUCAUGAACCGGAUGAGCUCUCAGGGUAGCUCUGCAGCCCAGCGGAGGCGGAUGGCGCUCGGGGUGGUGAUACUUCUGCUGGUGGAUGUCAUCUGGGUGGCCUCCUCUGAGCUAACAUCGUAUAUUUUCAAGCGGCAGGAGUACAACAAACCCUUCUUCAGCACAUUCACAAAGACCUCCAUGUUCGUUCUGUAUCUGCUGGGUUUCCUGCUGUGGCGACCCUGGAGGCAGCAGUGCACGGGCACCCUGAAACGUCGGCACUCUGCAUUUUUUGCUGAUGCUGAGGCCUACUUUGCACCCUGCUCCACUGACACCACUGUGAACAACUGUUUGAGUGAGCCGCUUUACGUUCCAGUGAAGUUCCAGGAUGUACCUGCGGAGCAUUCAAACUGUUUAAUAGGAGACUGUGAGUCUGCAGCCUCCAAAAAGCAGCGGGUUCGCUUCAGUAACAUCAUGGAGGUGCGUCAGCUUCCCUCCACUCAGGCCCUGGAGGCCAAACUGUCCCGCAUGUCGUACCCAGCUGCCAGAGACCACGAGGCCAUGCUGCGCACAGUGGGCAAGCUCACCAUCACUGAUGUGGCCAAAAUCAGCUUCUUCUUUUGUUUUGUGUGGUUCCUGGCUAACCUGUCCUAUCAGGAAGCUCUGUCUGACACACAGGUCGCCAUUGUCAACAUCCUGUCAUCCACGUCAGGCCUGUUUACGCUCGUCCUAGCAGCCAUAUUUCCCAGCAACAGCAGCGACCGCUUCACCUUGUCCAAACUGUUAGCUGUGGCUCUGAGUAUGGGAGGUGUGGCCCUCGUGAGCUUCUCCAGCAUGGACAAUCCUGAUGGAAAAGGUGUCACAGGUUCUUUAUGGUCACUGGCGGGGGCGAUAUUGUACGCCGUCUACAUCGUGAUGAUCAAGAGACGAGUGGAUCGGGAGGACAAGCUCGACAUUCCCAUGUUCUUUGGGUUUGUGGGUCUGUUCAACCUUCUGCUGCUGUGGCCUGGCUUCCUCGUGCUUCACUACACGGGCUUCGAGGCCUUUGAGCUUCCCAGCCAGCUGGUGUGGACCUACAUCCUCAUCAACGGCCUCAUAGGAACUGUCCUCUCCGAGUUCCUGUGGCUCUGGGGCUGUUUCCUCACGUCGUCUCUAAUCGGGACUCUGGCAUUGAGCCUCACCAUCCCACUCUCUAUUAUUGCAGAUAUUUGCAUGCAAAAGGUACGUUUCUCGUGGCUGUUUUUUGCCGGGGCGGUCCCCGUCUUCCUCUCCUUCUUCAUCGCCACGCUCUUAUGUCACUACAACAAUUGGGAUCCUGUGCUGGUGGGGCUGAGGAGGGUAUACGUCUUCAUAUGCAGAAAACAUCGAAUUCACAGACAGACGGAUGACAGCGAGCAGUGUGAAAGCCUGAUUCCUCUACAGACCGUCUCUCCCAGCGGAGGAAGCUUCUGCUCGUGAUCCAGCACUCCAACACAAAGUUGCAUCCGUGGAUCUCGCUGAGCUGACACUGUGGAAGCUUUCAGAGACAUUGAACUACCCCAGUGCCUCCUAUCAAAUCUAUUUAUUUUCUACGGUGUUCACUUUUACAAACUCAUUUUUAUUUUCACAUUAUCAGUCAUCGCAGACUGGAUUCUGUUUUAACUGUAUUUAUGUUUUCUGUGGAAAAAAAAACAAGAACCUUUACGGUGUACACACGGUGCUGGACAUUUUCAGUGAUGACUGUGAUGUCGUGACCAAAUGGAACGGUACAUAUUGAACUUUAUUAUAACACUCACAGCAAACGGAGUAACUGUGGGAUAACCUGUAAGAGUCUGAAGUAGAGAUGUUUCAGUAUAUUUUAGGACUUCUUUGUGUUUGUCUUGAGGCCUUUUUGAAGCCUUGCUGCUUGUUGGUAUGUGUGAAGCAGAAACAAUGCAUUCUCCCAGUUGCCAAUCUGUCCAUUCAUGUGAAAAGUUUCUAUUUCUCUGUCUGACUUUUGAUGAAGUGAAGCUCUGUUCACACGGACUCAGGCUGACGAUAAACGGCAAACUACCGUAGAGAUCAUUUUAGAGGAAUCAGUAACAGGAUAGAAAGAUGACGUGCAGCCAUUCAGAGUUCAAAUAUUUCAAGUUUGUCCUGACCUCUGCAGAGUUUAGACACACUCAGAAAUCAGGGGGAUUUAAUCAACAAACAGCGCAUUCUCCACCAUCCAUGAUAGGAAUGAGUGACUGAGCAAUUAAUUUGCAGAGUGUAACUCCAAUUUAAAGUAAAAAAAAUCAAAUAUGAAGAGAAAGCUGCUAAAUCAUUUUAUUUAACAUAUUUAAGAAGUAUUUGUAAAAAGUAGCUAACUUGCUUUAUAACCUCAUACUGUACAUGACUGCAUCCAGCAGGUGAUGUCCGUCUGUCAGCCUUUCUCCAUGUGAGUGCAACGUCAAACUUUUUAAGAGCUUUUUAAAAGUGUUGUGCUCGGCUGCAGCAUACAUUUCAUCACCUCGAUCGGUAGAAGUUAAUCUAGAGAGCUGUUUAAGUUAUUUCACUGUCAUUUCUACGGGCUUGAUUAUUCCUGAUUCUUGUGUUUCAAACGCCAAACACCUCAUAUGAUGAGCUAAUGUUUAUGACUGUAUUGUUUUCAUGACCCGUCACCUGAAAGAAUCAGAAACGCACCUCAGCACAGAGUUCUUGUUACCCAGACUGAGCAGCUUGGGUAAUGAUAGAAAUAUUUGUGGGUUUUUAUUCUGAGGAAUGUACCACUAAACACUAAAACUGACUUGAAAGAAUUCAACAUUCAAACAUCAAUAUGAAAAAACAAUGUUGUUUUUGUGUCAUCUUGAACGAGGUUUCAUCACAGACUGUUUAUAAGAAGUAGGUCUAGAUGUCUUAAAGUCACAGAAGUUGCCAUCUUAGUUUUCGGAGUCAAAAAUGACCAUAUUUGGAACAUAGGUUGGGUUUAGAUUACGACCCUCCUGUCGUGUUGGUAGCGACUUUGUGUUUCGGGGUAGCUAUACCCUAGAAGAAUCCUGAUCUUCUCUUUUAACAUCAACAUGACCACAAUUUACAAAUCGAACAUCACGCUUUAUCAGCAAAAAAAACAAAGAAGAAAGUAGCUAGCGCUUAAGGUCACAAACUGGUUCUAAAAUGCUAGCGGAGGUAAUAUAAGGAGUAAAAAGUUGGGGCAUUUUCUCAAACACUCAGUUCAACAGUCUAUGGUCCAAAUCAGUCAUAGUCAACUCGUCUAGCCUCAGGACCCACCACCAACUCCUCCAUGCAAAAAUGCGACCUAAAUUUCUGAUAUUUUCUGACCAAUCAGAUUUGUAGCGACUGAAACAAUCAGAUUUGUAGCGACUGAAAAAUUGUGCAGUUUAGACAUCAGUCGGUUUGAAACGUGUGACAGAAGCAAGAAACUGAACAAAAGAAACAUCUUUUAAAAGGUGCUUUUUCCAGGCACUCAUUUGCGCCCCACUGAAAAUGGCUCUGUGGCCCACCUCUGGGUCCCGACCCACCAGUUGAGAACCACUGGUCUAAAUGAUCUUUUGACCUUUUAAAGUCUGAAGUGAAGCUCAAACCACAGCUGAAAAACAAAGCAUCAUUUCCUUAUUCUACCACCUUGUCUUGUUAGCGAGCAUGCCGGUGACAGUGCUGGAUCAUGAAGACAAACGGUGACCUUCAUCUUUGUGUUUGAACAUAAACUGACGGAAAGAAAGCCGUCAUCUAUAAGCUAGAAAAUGCCUUUAUGGAAUAACGUCCGUCUGCUUGUAUGAGCAGCUUUCAGCACAGAGACACAUAAACAGAGUAUUGUUGUUUUAUUUGUGAAACCCAGAUGACCACUACAGAUCAUGUAUCAUGUAUAUUUUGUGUAUUAUUGUGAAAGAGUCACAAAACAGCCGAAUGCUCUUUUACUUAAAUUGCAACUGAGAUUCUCUCUUAUUAAUCUGUUGUACGUAAUUUCUUUUUGAUUUAUCUACUGUUUGAUUUGAUGUGAUCAUAAGAAAGCUUUUCUUUGAGUCUGUCAUCAUGUAAUCCAGGGUGUAAACACUACAGCUGAAGGUGAAAUGUCAAUGUUGUUCCUCUCGUCCUGUCGACAUCUUUAUGGAGUGUUUUGAUUGCACUCGAACAUGAAAAGGAGGAAGUAAAAAAAAAAAAAAAACCAACUUGUGAGGGUAAAGGAACGUGUUCAGCUCUUAAAAGUGACUGAAGUGAACUCGGCUCUUCAUGUUCAUCGUUGCACUUGCUGUGUGUGUUUUUUUUUGCCAAUCGGUCCCUCCAGUCACGACUGAAAACAUACGAGUUGUAAAGUCUCCCAUGAUGCCUGCUUUUAAUCUUCUUUAGAUGGUGCUUUAAGAAUCUGCAUUUUUUUAUUUUUCUUUCUCAGGUUCUUUCUUUUUUUCCAUAUCUGAUUUAUUUCUUUGUCUUUUAAGUGUCAUAAAUGAAAAUGUUUAUAUAUACAAAAGGCUGUAAAAAGUGACUUCCCUUUUAUCAACCUCAGCUCUUGAGUAAUACUUUUAUUAAAGUCUGUUUUCAUACAUAAA